AUGUCAGCAGACAUCAGCACAGCUGGCCUUCAAACAACUGAGACUCUGUACAGCUGCACAUCUGCCUACUCCGUUUUGGAGAUAAUGGGCGAAGGCUGCUUCGGCAAAGUGGCCAAGUGUGUGAAAGAGUCCACUAAAGAGAUGGUGGCUGUUAAAAUACUCAAGAAUAUUCCUGGUUUGAUCCAGGAUGUUGACAAAGAGGAGGCCAUGCUGGAGGCCAUCUCCACUCUGAACCCAGAUAAGACCUAUCUAGUGAAGUUUUAUGAGCGGUUCCGUUACAUGGGACAGACUUGUCUGGUAUUUGAGAUGCUGGACAUCAAUCUGUACACCAUGAUUGAAGAACUCGGGACAUCACUUUAUGUGCAUGAUAUCCGACCAAUCGCACACCAGCUCCUGGUCGCUUUGGAUGCCCUGAGGGGUCUGGGCAUAAUUCAUUCUGAUAUUAAGCCUGACAACGUGAUGGUCGCCAACAGGAAGGACCAAAAUGUAAGGGCCAAACUCAUCGAUUUUGGUGUAGCCAAAAAAACCAGAGAUGUCAAGCCUGGGCUCAAAAUUCAGCCACGGGGAUACAGGGCUCCAGAAGUUGCCCUCGGGCUUCCUUUUAAUGAGUCUAUUGACAUGUGGGGGGUGGGAUGCAUCCUGGCAUACCUUUACCUGGGUGACCACCUCUUCUCCUACAACUGUGAAUAUCAGAUGAUGAGCUCCAUGGUGAAGGUGCUAGGUAUGCCGGACGAUGAGCUGCUUCGUUCUGGGAUGUAUACCAGGACCUUCUUCACUCAGGAGGGGGCUGGUGAUGGUUCCUCAUGGAGGCUUCUGACACCUGAAGAAUUCAAAGACAUCAACGGCACUGAUGUCAAAGAGAGGGUCACAGACUGGGAGCUGCCCAGUUCUCUGGAUGAUCUUGUUCAUGAUGACUUCUUCAAGCCCCAUGAUCAGAUUGAAGCUGCUGCUCUGGACAUGAUGAGUACGAUGGAGUACGCAUGGCUGGAGAACCCAGUGAAAUUUGAGAAAUCUCAUGGCAUUAAUAACACCCUGGACAUUGACAUUGUCCCAAAGUUUGACUCUAAGGAAGAGGAGACUUACAUCCUAAUUGUGGAAGGCUUUGAACCUUUGAUCGAUGUGCUGAACCAAUGUUACUUUAUUUCCAUCCUGUACGAAUGA